AACCGCUCCGUUGACCCUAAGCCUCCAGUUGCAUUCCUAAAGACGCUCCUCAGGCGCUCCCUCUAAUAGUGGUCCUUCACACAGGAGCUUCUGGGUGUCGCUACACACGUUGUCGUCGCCCCCUGUCGGGAAUCCCGUUGUCGCAGGUUUUUAAGCAACGUUUCCUGAAGGAGGACCAGGGGAAAAUCAAGGUGAUGUCUUCUGUCAGACUUGUUCCCCUGUGGAAGGAUUUUAAAUACCUACUAAAUGACCUCAUACAUAAAAGCAAGCAACCUUCAGAGGGCCUAAAGAAUGAAGUAGUUGUACUGAGUGACCGGUCCCAAAUACUGUUCAAGGAAUCUCGUCAUCCUCAAAAUAUGCCACUUAUCUGUCAUUACUUCAGUGAUGCCAACUUCUUUGCCUCCCUGUCUUGGGUGACAUCAAGCACAAGAGAAAUACAGGCUGUAGUAUGGAUGAAGAGCAAAACUGAGGACAUGGUCGAGAAAAGAACAUUCUCCAUGACUGAACGAUUGCCCCCCAUCCAGUUCAUGGCCCACACAGGUUCCUUUCACAUCCUCGUGGCCUACUGUGGUGACCUGAUCUUGCGGCUCUUUGGAGACCACUUUCGGGCAUUCAAACCUCUGGGUGUAGUGCCCUGCCGCUUCAACAUCAUCUGCCUCUGCUAUGACCCAGAAAUGAAAAUGCUUCUGUCAGGCAUCCUGGGGGCAGUGGUCACCUGGGUCAUUGAGAGAAGUGGUAAGGGCCUCCAAAUAGCCCACAUGGUUCCCAUGCCUGGUGAUGAGCUUGUCCAGGACAUCAUGUUGAAUGGUCCCAAUGGCUCCCUCCUAGCCCUGUGUGAGACUGUGGUGAGGGUCCUUGAGCGUCAGGGCCAUGGCUUACUGGGAGAGGUGAAGCGAUUCACUUCCACCAGCAGUGGCUCUUCCAUCACUUGCUGCUUCACCUGUUCAGAUCAGGGCUUUCUCUAUGCUGGCAACAAGGCUGGGGAAAUCCAAGCAUGGAGCCUCAGUCGGAACCAAUUCCUCCACAGUUUCAAGGCCCAUUCCUCAUCAGUGAUAUGUAUCCGCAGCAGACCAGAGGCCCACACCUUGCUAACAGCUGGCAGUGAUGGCUUAAUCAAAGAGUGGAAUCUUACUUCAGGGAAUCUGCUGCGACGGCUAGAACUUGGUGAGGAACUGCAUCGACUCCAGUUUAUUGAUAACUUUAUUUUCUUCUGCCAGACUACUCAUAGUUUUUCCUUGCGCCAUCUGCCCUGCUUCUAUAGCCUCUUCCAUGUCUGUGGUUCUGCUCCUCAGCAGGUGCGUAGGGUCCGGUGUAAAGAUAACUGGUUCCGGAUCCUCUGCACUACUGAAGAUGGCUUGUUAAGCUUUUUGUCCCCACUCACGGGAAAUCUCCUGGUUGUUACCUGGCCCUUUUCAGUCCUAGACCGGGCUGUAGAUUGGGCCUAUGACCCAGAUAAAGAGGAGCUCUUUGUGGCAACAGGCAGCUCAGAGGUGCUGGUAUUUGACACAACCCGCUGCCCUUGCCCAGCCAAAUAUCUCUUAUGUACUUCACCAGAUUCUCAGGACUUGGUACAAUGCCUGGCUUAUGGGGGUUUCCAUCUGGGUCGGGGUCUAGAUGGACUGAUGUUCUCUGGGCACCAGAGUGGUAUGAUAAGAGUGCUUACCCAGCACAGCUGUGCCCGAAUAGAGAAAUUCAUGCACUUUGGGGCUGUGUUGGCACUCUCUACACUGUCAGGAGGAUUUUAUGGUGGCCGAGAAAGUUCUUUGCUCUGUUCCUAUGGUAUGGAUGACUAUGUACACUUAUUAGAGGCUGCGUUUGAAGGGAGCAAAGUACAACUGCGGCCCCUCGCCAGCAUUCUUAGCAGCUGUCACCUAAAACACCUAAUACUCCUGCCCAAGUCUGUGGGUGCCAUCACAGAAACUAACUGCUUGCGUCUCUGGAAGUUCCAUGACUUUUUGUCCUUUGAAUCACUGCAAGGCUCAAUAUUCACGGAGACAUUGCCUUUGCACCAGUGCGCCAUCACAUCCUUUGAUGUCUGCUUGCCCCUGAGCAUUUUUGUCACAGGUGGUAUUGAUGGCUCUGUCCGGAUCUGGAACUUCUAUGGUAGACUUAUAGCCAUGCUGGACUCAUCAUUGCAUUUUGGCCCACUCUGCUUUGCAAAUGACCGGGGUGACUUGCUUGUGACUUUUAACCAGAGUCUUUAUCUAGUGUCCUGUUUAAAACUGCUUCCCCCAUCCAUGCUGUUUCACUUUUCCUUUGUGAGCAUACCAGAUGAAAUGUUAGAAGUCCCUAAGCCUUUCACACCAAGCUUCUUCUUCUCCUUUGAGACCAUGUUUGUGCCCAAGUAUAUCAACCUUGGACAUGGGAAACAGGAAUUAGUGGGUUUGGAGAAACUUGCCAAUAGGCGGGCUAUUGCCUUUGAUCAUUCAGUGCCACAUGUCAUAGAAGAUGAGGAGGAAGGGGGCCCAGUAUGGCUGUCUGCCCCCAAUCGUGGAUCCUUGCAAGAAUUGCAAACAGAUUGGACACAGGUGAGCAACCAAGUUCACCAUCCCCAUUAUGUGGUUCCUCCCCAACUACAGUUGACUGGUUGGGAUGGACUCAACCCUUAUCAGAUAUUGCGAUAUUACUUUGGUCAUGGGCGGAAAUGGCUCUUUGCCCCUGAUGGCUACAUCCCCAACUCAGUGAUUCGUGCCCGUCUUUGGCCAGAAGGCAGCCCGAUAUAUCUACAAUGCAGCCUGCACCCACCCCAGUGGGAAUUGGAAUGGGACAAAACUCAUCAAUUCUUCUUCUGGCACAGUAGGGUUAGAGCUAUAAGUGAUAAAGAAAAACAGACACUAGAGAAGGAGGAUGAAGACUUCAUAGAAAAGAGAAUAUCCAAGGAUAUAACCUACACUGUUCUUACAGACACAGUAAACCGCAGUUGGCUGGGAAGAAAGAUGAGUGAGAUAACAGUUAAUAGCCUGGUUGAGACAAUCCUCAAUAUUAUGAUCCAUGCUUCCCCCUUGAAGUUCCAAUACUCUAUUGGUGCACUAGGACAAAUCUUUGCCUCUUACCAGGUGUCUCCAGCCCUGCGCUCUGAGACAGCCCAUCGUCUGCUGGAUGAUACAGCCAAUUCUAACCCACAGAUCCGAGAGCUGGCCUGGGAAGGGCUGAAGCGUCUAGGAAUGAUUACUCACCUCUUUGCUAUACCUCUAGCUGGAGGGUUAAUGGACAAGGACCCACAGGUGAGGAGUAAGGCCCUGAGCCUUAUGACUGACACUGGAAUCCUCUGUAAAUCCUCUCUCUUACACUUGAUCCAGAACCGAGACACUUUUCAGGAGAUGCAGCAGGAAAUGAUUGGAGAGGAAUCACUGGACCAUCUGCUGGGGAUGCGGGCAACAGAUCUCCAGAACCUUCAUAGUCAAGUGGAGCAGCGACUAAAUGAAAACCUGACCUUGUUACAUGGAGAUGAAAAGCCUGCUUUUUCUUUAGAUGUCUCAGAGGCUUCUGAACUUAAGUCCCUUGCCAGGCAAUCUGCCACAGUUCCUGAAGAACCUGAAGUGGCCACCAAGCCCAGCAAAGGCCAAAGACGUAGCCGAGCAGGGGGCAAAAGGCAUACCCGGAAAUUGUUGCGGGGUCUUAAGAAGACAAAAGAGGUAGACUCUAAACAGAUUAGCACAGAGCCAGGUCUCUUAGAGGAUGAAAGUGAUCGUAGUGAAGCGGCACCGGUUGAGGUGGAGGAUACAGCCAUCCAUCCAAGAGGAUCUCCAACCCCAAGUAUACUGAAGGCUUUAAAAGAUGCUGUACAACCAUCAGAGAAAGAUGUCUCAGAAGAUCAUGUUGCCCUGACCCUGAAGAUGUUGAGGAAAAUACGUGACCAAAGAGGCAAGAAAAUGACAGCUCAGAAACCCAUAAAAAGGCACAAGAAAAAGAGAAAAGAAGAUGAAGUUAUAGAGGUACCUCAGCCAACUGUAAGGGAAAAGAAAACAAUUUUGAAGAAAGUUAAGGCCAGCGGGCGGGGUGCCUCUGGACUUCCCAGCCGCAGGUCUACCAUGAGAGAUAGCUCAUGGCGGGAUGAUCUAUGUCAUCUUAUGACCUUGAGGAUAUCGGGUUCCCAAACAGAAAUGUCAGAAGCUCUAAGCACUGAAAUAGUGACCAUGGCUCAGGAGAUGCUGGCAGAUCGGCACCCCAGCUGGGAGCUCUUCCAGGAGUUCUGUCCCCUGUUGAAGAAGCAAAGCCAGGUUCUGCUUGGCGACCUUGACUGGGAUGUAGCCUGGCCAGAGGAAAAACCAAUUUUUAUUCAUGAAGAAGCAAUUAGAGAGGACAUGGUGAUUAGAGUCAAGGAAGAAGAGCUAUCAGAGGAGCAAAAGCCAGUACAAGACAAAGCAAGAGACCUGCAAGACUUGGAGGAAACCCAGAAAAUUCCAAAAAAAGGCAAGAAAAAGAAAGUUAUUUUUUUAGAAACAGGUGAGUUAACCAAGGGAAAACAAAUAUCAAAGAAAGAAGAAAAAUUCUCUAAGAAGACACUGAAGCCAGAAAGGAAAGCAGCCCAGCAGGAAAAAAAAGUGGAUAAGAAAAAGAUGGAAAUGACUAAAGAAGAGAGAGACAUUAGUAAGGAAGUGAGGGAAAUGCCAGAAGAAGAGGGGAAAGUGGCUGAGAAGAAAGAAAAACCUGUAAUGGAUCAGAGGAAGCUGUCUUUGAGGGAGUGGAAGAAGUCCUGGGAUCAGUGGAAACAGGACCGAGAUGUGAUGAAGAUAUCCUGGGAUGAAUGGAAGCAAGCUUGGGACUGGUGGAGUUAUCAGGAAAAGAAGCAAUAUGGGGAAGAAGAAAAGGUAUUUCCUGAUGAGGAAAUGUUGUCUAGGGACAAGAAGAAACAGACAUGGGAUCAGUGGGAACAGACCUUUGAAAAGAUUUUCUCAGCCAGGGCCAAAGAGCAAUUGCCUAAGGAUGAGGAAGAAUUGUUUCAGGAAUGGGAAGAAGAAGAAGAGCUGGUUACAGAAGAGCAGAGAAAGAUAAAUGAAGAACAGAAAAAGGCCUGGGUGGAGAAGAAACAAGCCCAAGCUGAAAGAAAACGAGCCCAAGAAGAGUGGAAACUGGCACGAGAGAUAGAGAGACUACCACAAGAGGAGAGACAACUGGCCCAAGAGGAGAGAAAACUGUCUCAAGAAUAUGGGAAAAUGGGCCAGGCAGAGAGAGAGCUUGCCAAGAAAAAGGGAAAACUGGCCCAAAGAGAGGAAAAUAUAAGCCAGGAAGUAGGGCAGUUGGCCCAGAAGAAGAGGAAACUGGCCAAGAAAUUGGAGAAAGUGGCUGGAGAAGUAGAGCAGCUAGCAAAGAAAAGUGGCAAACUGGCUGAGGUAAAAAAGAUACUCGUCAAGAAAGAGGGAAAACUGGCUCAGGAGGAAGAAAAUCUGGUACAGACUGAAAAACAGCUGGCCCAGCAAUUGGAGGAACUGGCUUUGGAAGAGCAGAAACCAUCUUGGAAAGAAGAGGAACUGAAUCAGGAAGAGGAGAAACUGACUGAGGAAAAGGAGGAACUGGCUCAACAAGAGAAGAAACUGGCCUGGCGAGAGGAGGAACUGGCUAAGGAACAGAAAAAACUGAUCAAGGAAGAAGCACUGCUGAUACAGGAAGAGAAUAAACUGGCCCAGGAGAAGGAAAAAAGCCCCGAGGAAGAGGAAAGGCUGGCCCGAAGAAGGGAGCAACUGAAUGAGAACAAGGAGAAACUGGCCCAGGAAAGAGAAAAAUUCAUCCAUGACCAAUUGGAACUCACAAAGAACAAGAAGAUAAUGGCCCAGAAGGAGGAGAAUCUGGCUCAGAAAAAGGAGAGUCUGGCUCAGCAAAAGGAAAAAUUAGCUGAGAGGAGAGAGAGCCUCAUCCAGAACAAAUUAAAACUCACCCAGAACAGAGAGAAAUUGGUCCAAAUAAAGAAGAAUCUGGAAAAAUAUAAGGAGAAACUGAUUCAAGUAGAGGAGAAACUGAUGCAAGAAAAGGAGAUUGUGACCAAGACGAAGGAGAAACUGGCUUAUGUAGAGAAAAAACUGUCUGAAGUAGAGGAAAGUCUAGCUGAGAAACAGGAGAAACUGGCCCAUGAGAAAAUGGAACUAGCUAUGGAGAAGAGGGAAACAUUGCAAGAUCAGGAACUGCUCAAAGAAGAGUGGGAUAUUGCUAGGGAAGCAAAGGCAUUGGAUAUGGAAACGAGAAACCUAGCCAAGGAGAAGAAGAUGCUGGCUCAGUUAAAGGAAACUCUCUCCAAGAGAGAGACUCAAGGAACCUCAAAAGAGAGAAAAUUGAUUGAAGAUCAAAUAGAAGCUAUUGGGAAGAAAUUGUCCCUAGAGGAGAAGAUACUGACAUAUGAAGAUAGGGUACUGGCCACCAAGGAAAGGAACAUUGCCAAAAGAAAAUUGGAAUUUGCUAGCGGGGAAAGAGUAUAUGCCCAUGAAGGAAGGAAGUUAGCCAUAGCAGUAAGGCAAUUGGUUAACAAAAAGGAGGGCAUUUCCAGUGAGCCAGCAAGAGUGAGAAGAAUCUUAAUUGUACUUCAAAACCUAAUCAAAGAAGAAAGAAAACUAACUCAGGGAGAAAUAGACAUGACCAAGAUGAAGAGGAAAUUUGUUGUUAAGGAGAAGAAGUUGAGCAAGGAACAGGAUAAACUUGAUAGCAAAGAGUGGGAUUUUUCCUCGGAACAAUCAGAAAUGACCAAAGGUGAGAGGAAACUGGCUCAGAAGCAGAGAAAAAUGGCCAAGGAAGUGAAAAGAUUGAUAAAGAAAGAGGAAAAAAUGGCUGAGGAAGAAAGCAGAUUGGCCAGGGAAGAACGAGAAAUACAGGAAGAAGAGAGAAUAGCAGAUGAAAAGGAGGGAUUAGUAGAGGAAGAAGAGGAAAUCCCAUUCCUUAAAGCAAGAUGGAAAAAGAGAAUGCAGCUAAAGAGAAUUGAGGGCAUGCUAAAGGAAAAGUUUUUCAGUCGAGUGGAUGAAGAGGAAAGUGAAGAGAGCUUUUCUAAAGAAAUGGAAAGCCUGUUAGAGGAAGUAGAGCAAGAGAGUUUGUCUGAGGAGGUGGAAGAGGAAGAGGAGGAGGAGGAGGAGGAAGAGGAGGAAGAAGAAGUGAUGGAGGAGGAGGAAGAGGUGGAGGAGGAGGAAGAGGUGGAGGAGGAAGAAGAGGUGGAGGAGGAGGAAGAGGUGGAGGAGGAGGAAGUGGUGGAGGAGGAAGAAGUGGAGGAUAAGGAAAAGAUGGAAGAGGAGGAAGAGGAAAGCCUAAGUCAGGAGGAAGUGGAAAGUCUGAGUGAAAAGGAAAAGGAGAAAGAGAAGGAACUCUCAUUUAAAGAAGAGAAGGACAAGGAAAAAGAGAUCUUAAAAUAUGUAAAGAAACUACUUAAGUCCCAAGAAAGAGGAAAAGCCCAAAGAGGAAAGGACGUAUUCCCUUCCAUUGGAAAAGUAGUUCCUGAGGUCAAAGGAAUUAUGAAAAGCCCUUCCAAGAAACUGAUCUCAGUAGCUCUGGGGAGGGAAGAGAAGAUACCCAUGCCAGUCUCACAUAAACACAUAUCCCAGGGAGAAGUGACUGCCGCAGAACUCGAGAUCUCAGAAACAAGGUUUGGGGAUAAGCGAAGAGAACUGUUGGAUAAAUAUAAGCCCAUAUCUCUACAAGUUUUGGAUACAACUUUGGAGUCCCAAGAGAAGGAUUUAAAGACCCCAGGCAUGUUCCAAACAUUUGAGCAGUCCACGGAAAGUCUGAAACUCCAACACAAGCCACCAGGUGGCAGGUGGAAGUGGUUUUUGCAGCAUCAUCUGAUGGGACAGACCAAGGUACAGUUACCUGUCCCACAAACUCUGGCUAAGGAACAGCAUCCAGGGGUAAGCCUCUCAGAUGUAGAGUGGAUCCACCAUGUCCUAGAACAGAUGGAAGCAGGAGAGCAGCUUUCCAGGGGUAGUUUCCAAAGACUGUGCCAGCUCCUCAAAGACCUCACCUCAAAGGGAAACUUAGAGUGGAUGCAUCUGGCCAAACUUCAAACCAUCGUGUACCAUCACAAACAAGCCGUGGAAUCACGAGGCACAGGUAUCUCAAAACCCAGUAAGGAGUUUAUGGGUACAAAACAGCUGAAAGUGAUCCCUCCUAUAAAAGGAAAGGAAAAGGAGAGCAAGCUAAAACCUUUGGCUGUCCCCAUACCAAAGUCCCCAUUAGCUACCAAGAGGCUUCCAGACCCAAAGGCUAUAAAUUGGCAUCUUUUAGGAGAACCUUACAGAAGUGAGCGGGCACGGCAGCUGUCCUUUUUUCUCAAGGAGAUGGAGAUGCAACAGUUCUAUCCUGCCACAAGAGAUACUUCCACAGGUGCCCAUGCCUCUGUGGACAAACAAACACUAGCACUGAUGUUUCAAAAGGACUUCUGGGCUUUUAAGAGUAAGAGCAGGUUUUCCAAAUUGCCCAAAGUGGAGAAGGCACAGACCAUCUCUAAAAAAAGGGAAAAAAUGCCUCGAUGGGAGACAUUCGUGGCACUAUAUCAUGUUUUGAGGAUGUUGCAGCAGCGAUAUGCAAAAGACAACACUGCUUGGAUGGAACAAUUCUACCAGCUCAUGGAUCUGUACCACCUUAAGUCCCCCCGGAUCCAGAGGCUGCUACAGGAACUGCUACUGAGAGAGGAGCCACAACACCAAGAGAUCAUCUACGAAGAAGCCUUAAAGGACAUGGAGCUGGUACCUGGGGAGCGACUGCUCUACCGCCUGUUUUGUGGUGGCUCUCACACACCUGGAGGUCCUCUAAAGUUCCGGGAGGUGGUGUCCCUCCCAGGGCAGAACAACGUGCGCACCAUCCUCCCUGUGGGCAUCGCCCAGUAUGGGAUCUUAGAACUUGCCUGGAAGAGCCUGCCCCAAGCUGAUAUUCACCUCACCAAAGAAUACAUUGUUGCUCCCACCCCAUAGUUUGGGGCUGACUAGAGGUCAGGACUUUUCAUUCCCAUCUGGAAAGUGGUCUGGUCACAAGAAUCUACCCCUUAAUCCCUAGCACCCACACAGAGAGAGGCUAAGGUACUUUCCCCAUCCAGCUCCAGAAACCAGCUUCUCUAGGUGGAAUAAAGAGGAGGUUCUCAUUUGAAACAAUGACUUUGGUGUGUCCCUUCUCCCCAAACUUUGGUUCUUCUGGAAGGUAUCCUGGGAAACUAGAUACUUACAUUAUCUUGAGCAUGGGAGCACUUCCCAAA